GAGAGGGUCAGAGAGAGAGAGAGGGUGAGAGAGAGAGAGACUAAGACUCCAACCAGCUUCACUCCUCCUCAGCACACAACUGCUGCUGAGGAGAUGGGACGCUGACCCCGAGAGGAGCGUUUCAUGCCUCGGACAGCAGUCUGCACGACAUGGCCGACCGCUCCAGUGUGUUGUGAGCAGGGAAAGCGGCUGGAAAAACUCCAACCUGGAGAGCAUUUGUGUUCUCCUUGUCUUUGGUGGAGCUGGUGCUUUCUCUUAAGCCCGGGGCGAUGUCACAGAGCUGGAGCAGGCAGGUCCUGCUCGGCGUGGAACUGGGCAUGCUGCUGGCCGUGCUGGUGGCCGGCAGCGCCGGACAGAUCCAGGACAGCAGGGAGGCCGGGUCGUCCUGCUACGGAGGAUUUGAUCUGUACUUUGUUUUGGACAAGUCUGGCAGUGUGCAAUACUACUGGAAUGAGAUUUAUUACUUUGUUGACCAUCUGGCUCACAAGUUUAUCAGUCCUCAGCUGCGGAUGUCUUUCAUUGUGUUUUCCACAGAAGGACGGAUUCUCAUGGCAUUAACAGAAGACAGCAGAGAGCAGAUUCGGGCUGGACUGGAGGAGUUGAACAUGGUGGAGCCAGGUGGAGACACCUUCAUGGACAGAGGUUUUCAGAGAGCCAGCGAGCAAAUAUACUACGGGACUGGAUAUGGUUACCGGACAGCGAGCGUCAUCAUCGCCCUGACUGACGGUGAACUGAGGGAAAAUCAGUUUGACCUGGCACAAAGAGAGGCAGGCAGAGCGCGCCAGUUGGGCGCCACUGUGUACUGUGUGGGCGUCAAAGACUUUAAUGAAACCCAGCUUUCGACGAUAGCUGACAGCAAGGACCACGUCUUCCCGGUGAACGACGGCUUCGACGCGCUGCAAGGGGUCAUUGACUCGGUGGGCGAGACGCAGGCGUCCCACGAUGUCCCGUACCUUUCGUUCAGCGUGUCAUUGUGUCACUUUACCUUUCAGAUCCUGAAGCGAUCGUGCAUUGAGAUCCUGGCGGUAGAGCCCUCCAGCAUCUGUGAAGGAGAAUCCUUCCAGGUGGUUGUUAAAGGAAAUGGUUUCCUUCACGCGCGAGACGUACAGAAAGUUCUCUGCAGCUUUCGCAUCAAUGACACAGUUACUUUGAUGAAAAGACCUUUGGUUGUGAGGGAUACUUACCUUUUGUGCCCAGCUCCUGUUCUGGAAAAAGAGGGAACGUCUGCCACCCUUCACGUCAGCAUGAACAAUGGCCUGAGCUUCGUAUCCAGCUCCGUCACAAUUACUGCCGUCACAUGCUCCGACGGGACCUUUGUGGCCGUGGCCCUGCUCAUCCUGCUGCUCCUGCUCACCAUCCUUCUGCUGUGGUGGUUCUGGCCUCUCUGCUGCACCGUGGUCAUCCACGAGCCGCCUCCUGCCGUAAUAGAGGACCUCUCUGAUGACGAAGAUGGUUUUCCCAAGAAGAGGUGGCCCACUGUGGACGCCUCGUACUACGGAGGACGCGGAGUCGGAGGUAUCAAGAGGAUGGAGGUCCGAUGGGGGGACAAAGGCUCCACUGAAGAAGGAGCCAAACUGGAAAAAGCUAAAAACGCCCGGGUUGUGAUGCCCGAAGAGGAGUUUGAUCCACCGCGGCCUUAUUACAGCGUGCACAAAUAUACCCGCCAGCAGAAGUGGUACUCUCCGAUCAAGGGCAAACUGGAUGCUUUGUGUGUUUUCCUGAGAAAAGGCUACGACAGAGUGUCAGUGAUGCGACCUCAUCCCGGAGACAAGGGCAAGUGCGUGAACUUCACCCGAAGCCGAGACCACCCGGCCGCUCGCUACCCCAUCUACAGACACCCCUCCACGCCCGUCUACACGUUGCCCCUCGGUGUCCGCCGUCGCCCUUCGGAGGAGUUGCCCCCCUCCCCGACUUCGACGCUGCCCCCUCUGCCGUCCACGCCUCCGCCCCCCUCCUUCUUCUCCUCCUCCCCCUGCGCCAUCGCCCCAACUGCCGGGUACACGCCUGCUCCGAACCGAGCGCUGCCCCCACCUUCGGACUCGAGCUCGGCCUGUGCGCCCCCGCCUCCGACCGGCUCGCUGCCGCCGCCGCCGCCGCCUCAGGGCGCCCCCCCGUGUAGAGCGCCACCCCCGUCACGGCCUCCACCGCGCCCCGCCCAGGAGAACUAUUGAAGGUUAUGACAUUUUUUUUUUGAAAAAAAAGUGGAGGAGAAGGAUGGAGACCUGGAGGAGUCCUCUUACAGAGUGAAUGUAUGACGUCACCUUUGGAGGCUGCAGCUGGUGAUGCAACUUUGGCACCGCCCGAUGCCAAGUGUGGCUAUUUUUUUUUUUUACAAAAGUCUAGAAAUUGGUUAUUUAGUGGAGUGAGCACAGCUUUGGCUUUUAAAUGCUAUUGCAGCUAAGCAAUGUAUGCACUUUUUAAGGACACUUCUUCCCAAUAGCAAGCGUCGCAGUUCUCUUUGGAUGCGUCCAAACGAGUCCAAACAGCAGCUCAGCAACUGCUUCAUGUGUUUUAUACAUGAACAUCUGUUUGGCAAGCGUCUUGGAAAAUGUUAUGAAUAUUCAUUAUCACAAAAAGAUAUACACUACAUAAUGUUGCAUUAAAUAUCUGAUUUCCAUGGGCAAUAACACUUUUCAUUUGAUUCACUUUUUGGGUACAAGCACAAUGCAUGAUAUUAAAAACAUAGUUUACUCAGGAUCCAGUCUUUCAAAUAUAAAGAUGUCUGCAAGAAGUUUUUGAGGCUGUUUGUAAUUUAAGUUCCUUAUAAAAGUGACUUUUGGAA